CCCGAGGGGUCAGGAGUCACGGGAGAGCGUAGGAACCGCAGUACGUCGUGUUUACCUAGCCCUUUGCUGAUGGCGCCCGCGCAGCGAUGCUGUCUGUGCCGACAGACCUUCUUCUGUGGUCGCGGUCACGUCUACAGUCGCAAGCACCAGCGGCACCUGAAGGUGGCUUUGGAUCGGCUUCUGCCCCAGGUGGAGGCGGCCCGCAAGGCCAUCCGCACAGCUCAGGUCGAGCGUUACGUGCCGGAGCACGAGCGGUGCUGUUGGUGCCUGUGCUGCAGCUGUGAGGUGCGGAAACACCUGAGCCACGGAAACCUGACCGUGCUGCACGGGGGGCUGCUGGAGCAUCUGGCCAGCCCAGAGCACAAGAAAGCAACCAACAGAUUUUGGUGGGAGAACAAGGCUGAAGUCCACAUGAAAGAGAAGUUUCUCAUCUCCCCCCAAGAUUAUGCACGAUUCAAGAAAUCCAUGGUGAAAGGUUUGGAUUCCUAUGAGGAAAAAGAGGAUGAGGUGAUCAAAGAGAUGGCAGCUCAGAUUCGUAAGGUGGAGCACAGCCGGCAGGAGGUGGUUCGGUCUGUCUUAGAGCUUCAGGCAGUGCCAGACCCAGAAGAGGGCUCUUCGGCACCUGGAAGCUGGAAAGGAGCAAACAGCCAAGUAGCCUCCACCUCACAGCAGCCCUCAUACUUGGACCUGCCACCAGCCCCCGAGUUUGAUUGGAUGGAAACAGGACAGCCUCUGACAUUCAUUGGCCAUCAGGACACACCAGGAGUUGGUAACAUUCACUCAGGUGCCACACCUCCUUGGAUGGUUCAAGAUGAGUAUAGCUCUUGGAAUCAACAAAUAGGACCUUCCUAUGAAGAAUUUCUUAAAGAGAAGGAAAAACAAAAAUUGAAGAAACUCCCCCCAGACAGAGUUGGAGCCAACUUUGAUCACAACUCCAACACUAGUGCAGGCUGGCUGCCCUCUUUUGGCCGGGUUUGGAAUAAUGGACGCCGCUGGCAAUCCAGGUAUGGGUCCAGGACCCCAGCCCACCACUUCCCCCUUUGGAGAUCUCACCCUGUCCUGUUAACCUUUCACUUCCUUUCAGGCAUCAAUUCAAAACUGAAGCUGCAGCAAGAAACAGUCACAUCAAGAAAACAAUCUAAUGGUUUCAUAACUUAUUCAACCAACUUAAGAAACCCAUACCCUAUAAUCCUUGUAAACUGCCCUUAGAAAACAGACAUACCCACUUAUUUGAUGUAAUAAACUUUUAUUUUUCAAAAUGUA